UGUUUGUUCCGCGUUUACAUUUGGCUCCUCGCGUUUACAGUAUAGCAUCCCACGAGCAUCUCAACUCGUUCAGCAUCCCAGAUCUACUCUCACCAUGUUCCGUAUUCUACCUCAAGCACGUGUAUUUACUCGAUCGUUCAGCAAAGCAGCCAUCCAGCGCUCCCACCAUAGCGCAACCGCGCGGCUCGUUACUAUGAGCCCUCAAGGAACACCCGUCGCUCGCCCGGUCGAAGUCUGGCUCGGAGACCCAGGUAGUGCAUAUGUCAUGUUCGAUCCCGAGUUCAGCCAGGCUUUCCAAACAAACAAGACGUUGCAAGGCGAUGGUUCCACUCUGCAAGACCCGGAGCUUCUCCCGCUAGAGUUCCACCACGAUACGCACCAUUUCGCACGUAGUAUGUAGAUUCACCUUGUGGUCAUUUCUUUAGGAGCUAAACAGUUACUACUUGGAAUUAUCACCUUACCCUCGACUUGAAAUACCUCAGGAUCUUGUCGGGCGAUCGGAUGCCAAGGGCAACAGCCCAGCGACUCUUCAUACGUGGGGCGUGACACAUGCUAUUACCCUUGAUGGGACGGCCGACUCUGGGUUCCAGCACAGCGCUAGGGAGACUCUCCAACGGCUAAAGCCGGUCCUGGACGAGCUUAAGGACAGGUAGAAUGUCUUGGGAGAUGGUGAUUUUUUAUGGAUUAUGUAUUUGUAUGUGUAAUAAGACUUAGUUUUUGGUGUG